AAAACUCAAAAAUUCCUGCCGAUUCCGUGUGGGACCAGCCCUGUCAUCCCCCCCUCGUCAAACAGGUGUGAAUGUUGAUCCUGGAGGGGCUCGCAGGAAUGCACCCGGAUCUGACCAUCUCAGACAUCCAUUCCUUGAAGAAGGAUCAGGCAUUUGAGAUUCUCGCCCAGAUUGCACGCGUCGAGAAGAAGACCUUCCCUGCCAAUGAGGCCUUCCAGUUCAGUGAGGAACUCUGGCGCAAGAAGCCCAACACGAGGGUUUUGUAUGUGACCCGCGCGGCUGCAAGUGCCCGCCCGACAGUGUUAGCCUAUGCUGUCUACGUUCGCCAGCGGGGAGUGGCCCUGUUGAACAAGGUCUGUGUGGCCGAAGUCUAUCGUCGACAAGGCGUUGGGCGGCAGCUCAUGACCUACAUUCGAGCCCGUCUGCAACGGGAGGGAUGCCAGCAGAUCCACCUGUGGGUAGACAAGGCAAGAUUAUCCGCACGAUCUCUGUAUGCCCACAAUGGCUUCGAGGAGCGCGAGCAAAUCCCGGACUACUAUGCGCCAGGGCGGACGGGAAUCAAGAUGGUCCUCGAUCUCUAGAGUGGCCCUUGACCCGCCCCUGUCACUCCUAAGCAUGUCCCUCUGC